GACAGAUGUAGCACGACAUAAUAACGCGCAAAAUCUAAACGGAAAGUGAGAAAGGCGGUUCUGGGAACGCUAUUGUCAUGUAGGCUACUGAAGACCCGCCCAAGGUAGCGCAGCCUAUAGCAGUAGGAGGACAGAACUGACUGAGAACCGCAGCCACAAGGACAUGCUACAGUCCCCGCUAGAAUCUUCAGCUGUAGACGGAGAACGCGCCUUCAAUCCAUCUAAAGGCUGCCUACUCCUGGAAGUGUAAUUAAUGUGCAUUUUAUAAGUUUCAAACCUGUGUGAGGAAUAUAUCUUGCAACAAAAGCCAGGAAUCAGGAGUUCCAGAUACUUGAACUGCUGCAGCUGUUCACAAAUGUCCAAAUAUUUUGCACUGCCUGAAGACAGCUGCCUGUUGAAGCAUGUUGCAUAUACAGCAAAGUUAUUUAAAGUUCUUUUUUUUUUUUUUAUAAUUGUUGUGGCUACCCAUUCUGUGCAUAGAACACAGGCAGAUUGCAUCUAAAUAUGCAAGCUUUGGUGCUGUCUCUUUUCUGCAGAAAUAUUUAUAAAAGUACAAUCUGUGGAUACUGGAGUAUAUAUUUUAACCUGAAUAAGACUGAUUGUGUUUACUCUGUUGUAAGCACCCUUGAACGGUUAACAUUUCUAGAAAGUACACCACUUGAGGAUGUAUGAUCAGCUGAGGUUGGUUUUUUGCGUAAUUCAUUUGCUGACCAGUUUGUGAUGAUUAAGCUACUAGUCUUGUACACUUUCCUGUAAUUGUUUGUGUACAAGUUUGGCUAUUUAUAUUUUAUUUUAGUGCAUUCACAUUUAGACUAAGGCCUAAAGUGUUAUUUCUUUGGGUUGACCUUGCGUGUUAAGUACAUAGGGGAUGUUUUUGUUUAUCUGAUGUUUUGAUCAGAGAGAGCAGUUUAGACUGUUUGACUUAAAAUGGAUUUCAAGUGUGUUUCAUCAGGUGCAGGACUACAACUGGGCACUUGUCUGCAUUUUGUGAAAGGUGCCUUAGUAAGUCUACUCAUUAGUAGGGGUUUAAAUGAUGUUCAGUAGUUCUACUACUCCCCUUCCUCGUGGCAUUCUGUGUUUUACUACUUUGUUGUGCCAAUGCUCUCCAUCUGUGCAGGCCUUUUAUAGGUACACCUAGAAACCUCUUUUUGGAGUGGCUGACUGCUGCAAAGUGAAGCAUAUGCAGUGGUAAUUUCAAUAAUUAAUAAGUUCAGUGGAAUAUGCUUUGUGUAUGAUAUGGUGCAAGAAGUGCAGCUCAAUAGAGUUUAGACGAAGCCUGGCAGACUGCCUACAUUAGGAAUCAUUAGAAUGUAAGGGCAUAUUAUUCUGGUCUUUGUGGCAGUGUUGUCUUGAAUACUUAAGGUGAUCCAAAUUCUUAUCCAGUGACUCAGGAUUCAUAGGUCAUUUGAAUUGCAACUCUUGAUAUUUUUACUUGUAUUUUUACAUCUUUUUCCACACUAAAUUACAGAAGGAUUUUUGUUUUGCACAGUUUUAUUUUGUAGAUUACCUGGAUGUUUGCCAAAUAAAUAGAUGCAUGGAUUUGAAUAUUUCAUUAGUUUAGUUGUAGAGACUGUGAAGGGAAAGAAUAUUUAGCUAAUGAAUGAGCAGCCAGUUAUACAGUGUUGCCCUGGAUAAUGGUCAUUAUUCAGAAAUAUUUUAUUGCUGAAUGUAGUAGUUGAAACAAGAAUCAACCACUAUUCCAAACAGCCAUUUAAUAAUAAUAAUUAUUAUUAUAAUAACCAGAUGAUACAAUAUGGUUGGAUUGUUGGAGGUGUGAUUUUCACACAAUGAAAGGCAAAUUUAAAUAUUCAAAUACAAAUGUAAAUAUCCAUUGUUGAGGUUAUAAUUCUUUGGCUGUUAAAAAAUUACAAUAAAUACAUUUGUUCAUGGAUUAGCCAGUGGCUGGUAGACUGUCAUUCCAUGUAGCUUAUUUAUUUUAAACAUCCAUCAGUUUAUAUUUAGGCUAGAGUAGUAUUGUCAAAAGUACCGGUAUACAAAGUUGGUACUGAAAUAUUAAAAAUGUCACAAUACCAUGGCUUUCAAAUGCUCCCAUGCGGACAGCAGGCUAGUUGUGUGCUUGGCCUGUGAAGAGCAUCAAAGGGUUUUGUUUACAGUGUUUUUUUAAAUGUCAUGCAUUGUAGCCAAUCACAGACAUGACUGUUGAGCUCAUGAAUGCAGUGGCCAAUCAGAGGUAUUUAAGCAUCUGCUCAGUAUCAGAAAUACAGUACAAUUCAGUGCUAGUUUUGCACGCUUGUGAAUCCUUUCAAUAUAACCAACAAAGUGUAAACACUGUGUAACUCAGAGAUUCAUUGCUUGGGAAGUGUCUUUGAUUAUGUAUGUUUUGUUUUUUGUUUUUUACAAGAGUGGUGAACUGAAGCGAUUCACAAUUUGAAUAAAAGUUGUAUUUUUCAUAACUACACACUGCAAAGUUUUGUAUUUGAAUGCAAGAAUGAAAUUAAAAUUCUGAUGAAUAUAUAAUGUGUUUCUUUUGUCUUCAUUGUAUUGCUCUUUCACUUGACCUUUUUAAUUAUUUACAAUUAUUAUUAUGAAUAAUUAACUCAUUUAUUUAAUUUCUUUUUUCCCAAAUAGUUAAAUAUGUAAAUCCAAUAGUUCCAAUAGUUUUUGUUCUAGUACUGAAUUAUCAAGAACUAUGAAAUAACUCUAGGCUAGCAUAUCAGCUGUUUUUAGUCAGCAUUUAUGCGUUUCUUCCAAUUCCUAAUUUUUCAUUGUGCCUUUACAGGAGUAUGAUUCCAGUGACUGAAUUCCGGCAGUUCACGGAACAGCAGCCAGCGUUCCGGGUUCUGAAGCCAUGGUGGGAUGUGUUCACAGACUACCUCUCUGUGGUCAUGCUCAUGAUAGGUGUGUUUGGAUGCACUCUGCAGGUGAUGCAAGACAAAAUCAUAUGCCUUCCUCAAAGGACAUUCUCACCAAACCAGACAGAGCUGAUGUGCCCACCUCCUUCCACAAAGCAUGAAUCGACAGUGCCUGUCCAUGAGUUGAAAGGACUGAAGACGAACUUGGAUAUUCAGCAGUAUAAUUACAUAAACCAAAUGUGCUAUGAAAAGGCGCUGCAUUGGUAUGCUAAGUACUUCCCUUACCUGGUUCUCAUUCAUACUGUCAUUUUCAUGGUGUGCAGCAAUUUCUGGUUCAAGUUUCCUGGCUCCAGCUCUAAAAUUGAGCACUUCAUAUCCAUCCUGGGCAAGUGCUUUGACUCUCCAUGGACUACGAGGGCACUGUCGGAAGUAUCUGGGGAGAAUCCCGAGGAGAAAGACAACAAGAAGAACAGUGUCAGUAGGUCAAACCUUGAUACUCCAAUUAGCGAGGGCAACCUGGAGAAGACUCAGUCUUUAAGAUCCAUUCCUGAAAAGAUCGUUGUUGACAAGCCAGCACCAAGUGUCCUUGACAAAAAGGAAGGAGAGCAAGCCAAGGCCUUGUUUGAGAAGGUCAAAAAAUUCCGCCUGCAUGUGGAGGAGGGUGAUAUAUUAUAUAUGAUGUAUGUCCGUCAGACUGUUGUAAAAGUGCUCAAGUUUAUCCUUAUAAUUGCGUACAACAGUGCUCUGGUGUCAAAGGUUAGGUUCAGUGUUACCUGUACGGAGAACAUGCAGGACAUGACGGGUUACCGGUAUUUCUGUUGCAAUCAUACUAUGGCCCACUUGUUCUCUAAGCUCUCCUACUGUUAUUUGUGUUUUGUUGGAGUUUAUGGACUUACAUGCCUUUAUACGUCCUACUGGCUGUUCUGUAUCUCUCUCAAGGAAUACUCUUUUGAAUACGUCAGGCAGGAGACUGGAAUUGAUGACAUCCCAGAUGUAAAGAAUGACUUUGCUUUCAUGUUGCACAUGAUCGACCAGUAUGAUCCCCUAUAUUCCAAGAGAUUUGCAGUGUUUCUCUCAGAGGUGAGUGAAAACAAACUGAAACAGCUCAACCUCAACCACGAGUGGACAGCCGACAAGCUUCGGCAGAAGCUGCAGACCAACAGCAAUAACAGGCUAGAACUUCAACUCUUCAUGCUGUCUGGUCUCCCAGAUACCAUCUUUGAGGUGACAGAGUUGCAGUCUUUGAAGCUGGAGAUUAUUAAUAAUGUUACCAUACCAGCAGCCAUUGCCCAACUAGAGGAUCUCCAGGAGCUUUCGCUUUACCAGUGCUCACUCAAGAUCCACAGUGCAGCCACCUCCUUCCUCAAGGAGAACUUGAAGGUGCUGCGAGUGAAGUUUGAUGAUUCCCGUGAACUUCCGCAGUGGAUGUAUGUGUUGCGGAACUUGGAAGAGCUCCAUCUGAUAGGCUCUUUGAGUUCUGAUGCAUCAAAGAACGUAACCCUGGACUCUCUACGAGAGCUCAAAGCGCUGAAGAUACUGACGCUGAAGAGCAACUUCACCAAGAUCCCUCAGUCCAUUGUGGAUGUGGCCAGCCAUCUACAGCGCCUCUGUAUUUGCAAUGAUGGCACCAAACUGGUCAUGCUAAACAACCUGAAAAAGAUGGUGAACCUAACAGAACUCGAGUUGGUGCACUGUGACCUAGAACGCAUACCCCAUGCCAUUUUCAGCUUGUCUAAUCUGCAGAUGUUGGAUCUGAAAGAGAACAAUCUACGCACCAUUGAAGAGAUUGUCAGCUUCCAGCACCUCCGUAAGCUGACCUGUCUGAAGCUUUGGCACAACAGCAUCGCUUUUAUACCCGAACACAUCAAAAAGCUUGGCAGCUUGGAGCGCCUCUACUUCAGCCAUAACAAGAUCGAGAUCCUACCUUCACACUUGUUCCUGUGCAACAAACUGCGAUACCUUGAUCUUUCCAACAACGACAUCCGUUUUAUCCCACCGGAGAUAGGCGUUCUCCAAAGCCUUCAGUACUUCUCUGUUAGUUGUAACAAAAUCGAAAAUAUUCCUGAUGAGCUCUUCUUCUGUAAGAAGCUGAAGACUCUGAAGCUUGGCAGAAACAUGCUGUCUGUCCUCUCACCAAAGAUUUCUUUCCUGGGAGUACUGACUCACUUGGAGUUAAAGGGUAAUCACUUUGAGAUCUUACCAGCUGAACUCGGCUCUUGUCGCGCCUUAAAGCACAGUGGACUUGUCGUAGAAGACAUGCUGUUUGAGACGCUGCCUUCAGACAUCAGGGAACAAAUGCAAGCAGAGUGAUGACUGCUUUGCUUUAAUGCCAAAUAUUGUAAUCUGACUCCUUAAGAGGCAAGACUCCAGGUGUUCCGUCCUGUAGUAUGUAUUGUGAUCUAUAUGGGUGAGUACUUGCAAUUUCAUGUUUAAAGCUGGACUUGUGCUUAAUGGCCUUUUAAUGCAAAAAGAAAGAGAGAAAUCUAGGGAUGAAUACCUUUCAAUGCCUUACAUUGUAUAUUAUGAAAAAAUCAUGUAAAAUGUACAAAUUUUAAGACUAUCUUAAUUCUCUAAGAUAUAUAUAUAUAUAUAUAUAUAUUGUAAGAAUUAUAGAACCUCAGACACUUUGAACUUCUGAGAUGGACAACACCAACACGGUGUAUUAACAUCUGUCUCCACAUCCCACUGAGAGAAAAUGCGGGAAAACGCCUCUCACAUAUGCAUCAGUUCCUUUUCAUCCCCUUCCUUCCCCUCACCCAUCCUUCCCUUCACUCAGCUCAAAAUGGUCAAUAGUAGAUUGUAAUGUUCUACAUGAAUGCAAGUGAUAUUUACAGUCAUGUUUGGUAUCAUUUGAAUUGUCUCAGGGCAUCUGGUACAAUGGGCUCAUUCUUACGAGAAGUAAACUAAAAGGUAAUACAGAUCCUAAGAGUUUAGAUAUAUUUUGCACACUGUAGAGGGUGGGUCAGUUUCCAGUGGUUUCUAUGCAAAAUUACCUUUUGUCCCAAAAGGUGUUAACUCGGUCAAUGCAAAUUCCAAUCGUUAGCUCCUGUCUCCAUCUCGGGGGAUGUUGGUCUUGGUCUGGGGUACUUAAGGAAAUGUGGCAAAAGGAUCGGGGCGAUCUGUAGCCAGAAGCCCGUAGUGUGUUCUCUAUACUUCACACUAUGUAUUUCUAUAAAGUCAGGUAUGCAUCUUUUACUCGUAGAUUUAUCUUUGAGAAUUCGAUGUUUGUAUUGAUAUGAUUUGAUAUCUCUGAAUUGGCUAUGUAAUUGACAUAAUACAUAUUUACCUGACUGAUAAUAAAUUGUUACAUUUGAUCUUAUUCUGUUUUACUCUGUAAUUAUUGACUCUAGUAGAAUACGUUGUAUCCUUGUUAGAGACAUGAGCACCUGAAUGAACGAGUAAAAUAUAAAGUAAAGAGUCACCAGAAUAAUCAAAUAUCAGAAGAAUACUAAUUAGAAAUAGACAAACAACCAAUUUGCAUUUCAACCUAAAUUCGAGGUUAUAAUAAAAUGGAGUCAGAUUAGAUAUUAAAAUGGAGUCAGAUUUGAAGUUAACCUAGACUGAAUAACUUUGCGCGCUGAAAAGGCCGAACACGCAGGAAACCUUCACCCACGAUUGGAUACCGUCCUUGGACCAAAUUCGUGGACCUUACAAUAUAUAUAUAUUUUUUUUUUUUUUAAAUCUGUAAAUCAUAAAAGUAGACAAAUUAUGACAGGGAUUCAUUUACAGACAGUGUGUGUGACAGCAAUUUCAUUGUAUGCUUUCACUGACAUUUGCUCUCAUAAUCCAUUAAGCUUUUGCAGGUCAAUUACUGUACAACAUGUUUUGCACUGGAAAUAGCGAUAUUAGAAUUUGCACUGGAAACUUUUAACAUUCCUUUUAUUUUACUUGUUAUGUGUAUGUAGGACUUUUCAAGGAUUUGAAGUAUAAAAGAUAGGAAAAUAGGUCAUGUAAUCAUUUAUUCUAGUAGUAUUUGUUUUUUUUUGUUUGUUUUUUUCUUCCUGCAUAUUUACUCUAAUAAUUCUAAAGCUUUUGGAGAGCAGGAUCCAUGUGCAUGUGUUCUCAGGUAGACUUUACAUGUUUUCUUUGUAUUACUGUGCUAAUGUUAAACAAAUUUGACUGCUGUUGGUAGUAGAUCCUGCAUAUAAAGGUAACUGCAUUUCAGUAUACCUCCUUUGUACUAGUUGUACCAGCUUCAAAUGUCAGAAGCAUUUCUAAAAGGGUCUGCUUUUUUCUGCUGUGUUUUGCUUAGUUUAAACAUACUUGACUUCUCCGGUCUAAGACUGAAUGCAGACGCAGAAGGCAUUUCUCUUACCUUAACUUAGCCGUUAACAUGUUUCUUAUAAACCAACAAUGUACUAUAAAUAGACAUUUAGAUUUAUUCAUCAUAUUAGUCAACAGUAUUUGUCAUUUAAUCUUGCAUUGUACACUGUUUCUAUUUUAUGCAAACUGAAAGAAAACAUUUGACAGAAACAAAGCUCCAAGCAUAUAUACAAAUGAAUUUUAAGAAAUGGAUUCUUCUAUAAUGUCUAUAAUAUGCAAAAAAAAAAAAAAAAAUCUCUCAAGGUGCACUAAGAUAAAUCAGGUAGACUUUACAUUUCCAUAGUAUUUUCUCCUAGCUACUCAUUGGCGAUAGAUUACGAGUGUGCGUCUUGUCUUGUCUCUGAUCUGAUCUUGCCUUGUGGGAGGUGACUCGUCUGAUGUACUGAGAUCAGCAUGUGGCCUUUUUUUGGCACCAUAAACAAGUGUCAUUGAGUCAGUGUUUGAUGUAUUAAUUCCAAGACACUGGUAAUACCUCGCUUUAAGAACGUUAAAAGUGGAUACUUGAGCUGUUUAGAUCACCUGACCUUUGUGUGUUUUGCGUGUAAUCCUCUAGUAAUAUCUACACAAAUGGCUUUGGUGCAUUUGUAGUGAUUUUUUGACAGUAGACCUGUCUUGGGUUACGAAGGUCAGUUCCUGUUCUGGACUCGUCUGGUCUGCAUGAUAAAGGUUAUAGUGAUGUGAAUGCCAAAGCUUCAGUCAGUGUUGACAUUUUUCUUUUAAAUCUGUGCAUUAAAUGAAGGAUAUUGAAUUUUUUGCCAUUUCAUAAAAGUGCUGACAUAUAGUGCCACCAUAUGCCUUAUUUUCCUGUUUUAUAUUAUUUUCAUUCUACCAAAGUGUUUUUGAUUUGUAAAACAGCAUAAAUAAAAUGCAUUUUUGUCCCUUG